AGAGAGGCAGAGGGAGAGAGAGAGAGAGAGAGAGAGAGAGGAGGGAGGAUCACUGGGCUCUGUGAACAUGUGAGGAUCGGCAGCAACAGAAUGAGACAGAGAGAGAUAGAGAGCGAGCAGUAAGGAGUCAGAGGAGAGCACUACUGAGGACUGGUGGACUAUAGAGAAGAGAGAGAGAACAGGAGAAGAAUACGGACCAAAGAGGAGGUUAUGAAAGAGGUAAACCAGCAAUUCCCAGAGAAUGCAUUCAACUCAUCCUCUACAAGCAACUGGUGUGAGACUGAUUUCCAAAUCAGAAACCCAAACCAACAAGGGGAUCAUCAAUGGGAGACCACUUUAAGUCCACAGCCUUAUUGGAUAUUGAAUUUCUGCCUCCACAUCCACAUACAAACUUCCUCACACUGCCACGCAGGCUGUGAGACGAGCUGGAGUCAUUGCUGCUUUAUAUUGGAUAUAAUCCUGCCGACAUUGUCUGAUGUCACCGAUUGCCUCAAUCCCAUUUAGCUCCUCUGGGGGCUGAGCUAAAACUGCAGAGGAGUAUGGGCAGGAGGGUGGCUGACCCAACCAAUCCAGUGCCUGCACUAGGGGUUCCUCUGGCAGGGGGGCAAUGGGGCCCACUAUGCAGUGUUGGGGUGCAGACAUCUCCAGGACUGCGGAUUUUCCCCUCCAUCAAACAACAGAGCAGCCAGCCAACCAACACACAUCACCCACUCACCAUGGCAACAGACAAAGCGACGACAGCAGAGACGGAGGAAGUUAUCAGAAGUGACAGCCACAGUCUGCCUGUGUCCAAGGAGACAUCUCAGAACGAGAUCAACAGCCUCACGCUGGACGACAUGGGGUCACAAGGGUCAGGCAGCGGAGUUUACUGCCAGAUCAAAAGUAUUCGGACAAACCCCAAGGACACAAGGGGGAAAAAGACAGCUCGGUAUACAAACGGAAGUGUGGUAGCAUCUGAUGUGGUGGGAGGGGUUUGCACUGAGGCCACAGACGUUGAGACGACCUGUGAGCGGAGGAGGGUGCAGUCGCUACGCGGCGAGAGCCAUCGCUCGGUCGUAAAAACUGCAAGUGUUUGUGCGGCCGUACACGCCACGCCACCUCGGCCCUGUCGGGUGAUGACGAAUUCCCCGGCGCGUCUCUGUGGGACUUGUGGGAGGAGACGAUCACAAAUUGCACCGUGUACAGGUGCAUGCCGUCGCAGGGCUGUCAAUCAAAUAACAACCAGCCAGACUUUACCUAAUCCUCCACGGAAACCGUCCGUGGCGCCAGACCAGUCAAAAAAAGACUCCGCUGUUGUGAACUCGCAGGCUUGCAACAAAAAGACAGAAACGGCAAGCACCUCCACACACACACCAGUCAAAACAUCACAGAUCCCCCGGCUGUCGCACACUAUGCCAAAAACACGCAGCUCACAUUCCAACCACACAGCACACAGUCAAGACAAAACUAAAGAUCCAAAGCAGCAGACAAGGCCACAUUCUGCCGACUUUACUUACUACAAGGACUCCGCCACGCAAACGACAGAAACACAAAACAACACAGAUACCACACCUACAACACAAGAACACACACCACCUGUAGACGCGACCGAACCACAUUCAACUGACAAACGCAAGCAUAACACGGCCAAAAUCCAGCACGCUGACGAACAAACACACUGUAAAAAAAUAGUCCACGUCACAUCCAAACCUGCAGCUCCUCCCCGUACCAACAUCCCGUCUCUUCCACCAAAAAACUCUCCUAAAACCACUCCUUCUAAACCAGCCACACCUGUAGCACAAACCAAAAACAGCCAGGACACGACGAACACCCCCCAGCGAACCUCGUCAGCGCGGAUCAAACUCAAGGACAACACGGAACAGAGGAGCAAAUCGCCCGAAGACCGCACACUGCCUUGUAAGACUCAUAUGACAGCACAAUGUAACGGGGCUCCAGGAGGACUGCGGACUGGACCUGCAGGGAAAAAGCCACGUGCGCUGGAGGGGCAGCUGCAGAGCGUUGAGGAGAACCUACUGUCCAAUCAGGAGAAGAUCAAAGUGCUUCUCAACGUCAUUCAAGACCUGGAAAAGAGCAAGGCCCUCAGCGAAGGUCGCAGCUCAUACAGAACGGGUCAGGACAUAAACAACUGCUCAACCUGCCAAAGGACAGCCUGCAUCAUUUACAGUGUGGAACAUGAUUUCCGACAGCAGGAGGGACGACUCCAGGUCAUUAUGGAGGCCCUGGAGGGGGAGUAUGAUGUGCCUGCAACAGCUCUGACCAAGCCCAUGCAAGCUCCUUCCAGCCGCACUGGCACCAAGGCCCGUGUCAAGAAACUCCGCAAGAAGUGUUUCUGGUGGCUAUGAACUUAAAAUGACAACAGCCUUCCUGGGAAGCAGGUGCAUACAAGAGUGGAUUAUGACCCACAUCAGCUCUAGAGUAUAGAGCAGCUCUUUCAAGGGCAGUUAAUGUGUACUGUGUUCAAAUUAAAAUCAAGUAGCAUCUUGGCAAUUUUCCCACAGUGACCCAUCCUCAGCUUGGACCUAAAUACCUACCAGGGAUUAGGGGUACAAGAAGUGGAAAUGCACGAAAGAAUGAAACUCGGGCCAAAGGAGCUGUUGAUCUCUCCUCUCUCAGAUCUGUAUGACAGGAUGAAUAACAAUCUUCUCUCAGUGGGAGCCAGACUUGAGCAACUAAUUAAUGACAAUUAUCUGACUUCAAGCGACGAUGCUGUUCUCCCCUUACGAAUUGCAGAACAGAGAGGAAACGAGUCGACACUUGACAGACGAACAAACUGUUCCUGUAACCUGCUGUUAAAACAGAUGGAUGGAUGUAUGAAUGAUUUACGCCAAGACUCAUUUACACCGACAGCUGGGAAUUAAUCUUUGGUUGAAUUACAGCAAUAAGAAGGCGAAUUUGAACUAUUUGGUGUUUGUGUCUUUGAGUGGGCUUGAAUGUAGACAACAACUGAAGCGCUACGAGGACAUGACCCUGCUGUGCUCUCUGGAAACAGACGGCUCACACUGCAUGGACAUCAGUGUUCACAGAAGAGCACUAUGUGAAAGGCAGCUGAUCAAAACACUGUUUACCAUUCUGUCCACUUUGAUUUUGAUUUUUCCCCCUUAUUAUCAUCCAAAAUGGAAGUGUUUUGCUGUAAAUCUUAAUCUUACAUACAUGCACAUACAAUAAAAAACACAGAAACGCAUAUGAAUGAAAACAUUCAGUAUAUACUUUGUUUUCCCUGAAACGGUGCACACUAGGGGUGAGACCGGUUAUCAGUUCAAGGUUAAUGAUUGGCCUGUUCCCAUGAUGAAAUGUUGGUAUUUGCAAAAAAAAAAGGUGCCAAUUAAAUAUGUUUGAUUGCUGUGAAACUGCUGACGAAGGCUUUUUCAAAAAUGACAUUACAAGUUGUGUGGAGCAACGCUCCGCCUGGAUGUGAUUCUGCAUGAUGUUAAGAGUCCAACGCUUUCAUGUAGUUUAUCACCCAACUGUGAUUGCUCAAACUUUUCACAGUGAAAACAAAACUCAGUCCAAAACACUCCCAGAUUGUUUGUUAUUUCCCCAAUGCAAACAUUAAAUUGCUCAUAAAAAGGCAUUCUGUAACACUGAGAACAUGCAGUCCCCUCCAAAUGUACUUGUUUUUGCUGUGACAUCAAGAGAUGAAAGACAAAAGAGAUCAGUAUUUGAGCUUUUACCAACACGUGUUAAACAACUGGUGUUGUUGUUGCCCAGGUGUGUCCAAAUAAAUUGAUUAAUCAAACACUAAAAAAAAAAA